UGACGGCCUGUUGCAACAUCUGCCAAUCUAAAGUUCAAGGUAUCACAGGCAGAUCUGCUUUGGUUCAGCAGCCUCUCUGUCACUCGGCUCCACAGCUGCUGAACGAUCUGUUUGUCUGGAGCAAAACGUGCGACUUUUAAAGGGACCAUGGGUGAGUGGGGUUUUCUGUCGUCUCUGCUGGACAAGGUCCAGUCCCACUCCACGGUCAUCGGGAAGGUGUGGCUCAGCGUGCUCUUCAUCUUCAGGAUCAUGAUCCUCGGAGCUGGAGCAGAGAAGGUUUGGGGCGAUGAACAGUCGAACAUGAUCUGCAACACCAAACAGCCCGGUUGUAAGAACGUCUGCUACGACCACGCCUUCCCCAUCUCGCACAUUCGAUUCUGGGUCCUGCAGAUUAUCUUUGUGUCGACGCCGACGCUCAUCUACCUCGGCCACGUGAUGCACGUCAUCAGCAAGGAGAACAAACUGAGAGAAUACAACACCGCCCACUCGGGGGGCUACAAACAGCCCAAGUACUCCGAUGAAACAGGCCACAUCAAGAUCAAGGGCAACCUCCUGGGGACCUACAUGACCUCCAUCUUCUUCAGGAUCAUUCUGGAGGUGGCGUUCAUCGUGGGUCAGUAUUACCUGUACGGCUUCAUCAUGGACCCGAGGGUGGUCUGCUCCCGAGCUCCGUGCCCCUUCACCGUCGAGUGCUACAUGUCGCGUCCCACCGAGAAGACCAUCUUCAUCAUCUUCAUGCUGGUGAUGUCCUGUAUCUCUGUGGCGUUCAACUUGGCCGAGGUCGUCUACCUGUUGUGUGACCGCACGGCCCGGCGGAAGUUCAAAACCGCUUCACGUUCUCCCGUCGCGAUUCAACCCCCGUUCAACACCGAGAUGAAGAGCGAGAAGUUCGGCCUCCACUGAACCAAUCACAGCAAAGCCUGAGGGACAUGGAGCCCGAGGGAAGAUUUAAAUCAGUCACACACUUUGUCAAACAAACAGGAGUGUGAAUAAAGUUGUGUCUCGCAGCAGACCGCGGCCUGCAAGAUUACACUGAGGGUUAUUUAUUUAUUUCAGGCUUUCAAAGUUCCUGAAAAUGAAAUGUUGGGACAUAUGCGUAGAUUCUAAUAUAUGACACAAAUUGAGUUUUUGUGCUUUUACAUUGUGUCUUGUGUUGCUGGAGAGUUUUUAUUACUUCCACCUGCAACUGUCCACUGUGACCUGGGGCUACAUGGACUGAAUUGCAGAGGGACCUGACCCAUCACUGCACAGACCUUGGU